GGGUGCCUUAAGCAUAUUUUAUUGUACAUGGUUUUGACAUGCAAUCUCCUACAUUAAGAGUGUCUAUAAGCAAAGUAAAGCACAUAAACUCAAAUUCAAUAUUACUCUAUAGCAAUAAGCAAAAAUCUCUACAUGUAAAACGCUGCUUUCUGUAUAUAUCUCUCAGUACAGCUGAUCAUAAACUAAGUUAUGCUGUCUCAACCCUUACAUUAUUGUGGCUCCUGGCCUCUUGCCCAGAGUGUAGCUAGAUCAUGUAACACACAGAGGGCAAGCAGAAAAGGAGAAAUCAGGUCAGAAGGUUGUGACAAGAUUUAAGAGGGAUCAAAUUAAUUCGGACAGCACCCAACUAAUCCCUAAAAUAUCUUUAGUGCAUUCCCGACAGUCCAAAUAGACAACUCUUCCUUUUUUCUUUUCCAACAUAGGUGAUUUAUAUAGCGAUUGGAAAAUAUGUCAAUAAAUAAUCUUAACUGCAGCGAGGGUUUGACUGUUUAGGAUUUUUUAUUACAGUAUGAAAGCACAGGGCUAGUCGAUGUUAAAUUGUUUGUGGACAGGAGGUUUCAACACCACCAGUCACGGAUUCUGGUGCCAAAACUUAAAGCUCCUGGAUGUAAUAUUACUUAAUUUCACUCGGUUUGUUUAAAAAGUUGUGGUGCGCCCUUCUCCACUGUACAAAUUAAUCUGUUAUUGGGUUCAAAGCUAUAUAUUUACAUGCAUCACAUGCAUUACACACAUUUACAUGCAAUAAUCCAUUAAUAAUUCAACUGAUCGCUCAUUUGGAAUACAAAAUACUCACAAAAACACCUCUGUUGGAAGUAUGGAAGGCCGUUUAAGUCAUUAUUAUGAGAUGUUAAGUCAUUAUUAUGAGAUGUUUAGUCAUUAUUAUGAGAUAUUAAGUCAUUAUUAUGAGGUGUUAAGUCAUUAUUAUGAGAAACUAUCAUUAUUAAGAGAAAGUUUCUCAUUAUUAUGACUUACAGAAUUUUUGUUUUGUUUUUUUUUUUUUUUUACUUAAUUGUGGUGGAAACAGGCUCCCAUAUGGAAGAGGGUAAAUUGACUGAGGCAAAUUCUAAAUGAAAUUUUUGCCCAACUGAAUGUGCUGGGUAAUCAUUUUAAUAAUCUGUUUUUUUAAAGAGGAAUAAUAUCCAUGUAAACCUUCAUGCCUGAUUACUUUCAAAAUCAGAAACUGUGAGUACAUUCUGGCCAUGUGCUUCACAAUGCACUCCUUAUGCCAAGAAACAAUCAUGCAGUAAAACAGUUCAUGUUACAGAUUUUAAUUGUAAAGUUACGUGGGCAGUGGGAUGGGCAUCAAACAAACACUUUCAGGCAGAUAUGGGUUGCGAAUUGACCUCAAUAAAGUUACCUCAGCAUUGUUUUCAAGUUUGUCUACAAGUCUUUGCAUAUAAACAGUCACUGAAAAUUCAGGCCUGUAUCCCAAACCUCAUUCUUAUUUAGUAUUUCUUAUGAUUCUGGAUCACAAUAAGUAAAAUUGUUAGUAAGCUACUGUAGCUAGUUAUUUAGUUGUAAAACAUUUCUCCUCAGAGCAUGUGCCUCAAAAUGGGAUGCUCAGUCCCUCACAAACAUGGCGGACAGCUGAUGACGCUCUCUCAAUACCGCCGGCGAUUUUAAAUGACGUCAACACCAAGCAUGCAGCUUGGAUGGAAAUAAGGAAUUAGCAGCGGCAUCAUGUCCUGUGAGGCAGCCAGUGAUUCCCGAGCUGAUGGAAAUGAGCAGGAGGUCCAAAGUGGAGGAACUGAGACACUGUCAAAGAGACAGAAAAAGAAACUUCUCAAACAACAGCAAUGGGAAGAACAAAGAGACCUGCGCAAGCAGAAGCGCAAGGAGCGGAAACAGCAGAGGAAAUUGGAAAGACAGGCGCAGGCUGAGAACAGAACAGACUGUCCUGACAGGAAGCGUGUUCGCAAAGAGGCAGAGCCCAGUCCUCUCCGUCUGGUUAUAGACUGCAGCUUCGACAGUCUGAUGAUGCUCAAGGAUGUAAAGAAACUUCACAAGCAAAUCCAGAGAUGCUAUGCAGAGAACAGACGAGCAGCACACCCCGUCCAGUUUUAUAUAACAAGCCAUGCUGGGCAGUUGAAACAAAUUAUGGAUGAAAUUAACAAAGGCUGGGUCAACUGGAAGGAUGUCCAUAUCAAGUCAGAGCCUUUUCAUGAAGUCUUAAGCAAAGAGGAUCUGGUGUAUCUCACCUCUGAUUCGCCCAACAUACUCCAGGAGCUUGACGAGGCCAAAGCCUAUGUGAUUGGAGGACUGGUGGACCAUAACCACCAUAAAGGAAUCUCUUUUAAACGGGCUAAAGAGCUUGGAAUCGCUCAUGCUCAACUUCCACUGGGCAGUUUUGUCAAGAUGAACAGCCGCAAAGUGCUCGCCGUCAACCAUGUGUUUGAAAUUAUGCUGGCGUAUCUGGAGAAACGUGACUGGCAGGAGGCCUUCUUCACCGUCCUGCCCCAGCGUAAAGGAGCUGUACCUGUGGGCCAAGAGAACAAACAAGAGCAGAAUGAGGAUGAGGAGGACUCUGAUACAUGUGAGCAAGAGACACAAAACAGUGAAGAUACAAAGGAACAAAGAAAUGGCAAACAGGAAGAAUGUGAAACUCAGCAAAAGCAGUCGGAUUCAUGUGAACGGUCUGCUGUGUAAGAAGAAGUGACCACAUUUUUUAUUUUAUAUAUAUUUUAUCUUUUUGUUUUUUAAUUAUUUUUUUUGCCAAGAUUUUGACUGACUUGGAAUGUGUUGGAAGAAGUUUUUGUUUUGCUUACUAAUGACUAAGUUAUUGAUGAUACUGCUAUUUUUGUUUCAACAGUCAUGAAAGUGAUCUUGAGAUCUGAAUGUUUCUCUGCCAAUAAAGCUGAGAUCUAAUCUCCUGCCA